AUGGUGCAAGUAUCUUCGGAUUUGAAUGCACUAGCGAACCUAGAAGACGCUUUCUUGGCGACAAACAGUUCAGAUCGUGAAGUGCUUGUCAACAGCUAUACUCCAGCAGUAUUACUACCACGUGAUACUGCAACUUAUUUCCAUUAUGAGGGAUCCUUAACUACUCCUCCAUGUACCGAAGGAGUGAACUGGAUAGUCAUGGCUGAGCCUAAAUACGUUCAGCCUGAUGAGCUAAAAUUCUUGCGCCAGCAUCUAACAACGGAAGGAAAGGUUUUGAGUUUCAACUGGAGACCAACACAACCAGUCAAUGACAGAACUGUGUAUCUCAAUAGGUAAGG